AUAUCUUAUCGAGUUAAUGAAAACUGAUAGUUGUGUGAUUUUAUAUUUGGUAUCGAUAAAUAACAAACAAGAUGCAUUUAAGAAUAAUUUUAUUUAUUUUUGUUUCGAAAAUAUGGAAGGCUAUUGAUUCAGAACAAGUUGAAGAUGAAGUUUUUCCCGAAAUUCGAUACAUGAAUCUUAGUGUAGAUCCGUGCGAAGAUUUCUAUGAAUACACUUGCGGAAAUUUCAAACAUGUUUAUCCUUUACCUGAUGGAGUAUCUACCAUUGACCAUUUUACAAUCUUGAAUGAUGAAUUAACUCAUUUAUCAAAAUAUAUUCUUGCUGAGCCGAUUCAUCCCGACGACCCAAAAGCGUUAAAAAAAGCGAAAUCGGCGUAUGAAGCCUGCAUAGAUCUAAAUUAUUUAGAUAAUAUCAAAAAUCCCGAGCUAAUAAUCGUAAAACAACAGAAAGGUUUUCCUUUGAUUGAAAUAAAUCAACUACAAAACGCUACGACGUAUUCUUUCCUCGAUGUUGCCGAUGCUGUUAGUCAAUACGGCAUUCCAAUGUUGUUUAAAGUUCAAGCUUACGGAAAUCCGGGAAAUGCAUCAGAUAAUUUAAUCUAUAUAUCUAGUUUGGACUCUACGUCUUUAACACCUUCACAAAUUAGAGCCGAGCAUGUAGCUCCAUACGAGCAGUUUAUAGAAGAAGCAUUCUCCUCUUUGAGUUUAUCACUUGGAAGGACCAAAAGGAGUCUCCAGCCUUUUGAUAUAUUCUUACGUCAAAUGUCUUUGAAACUACGAGAUGCUUGUCGGAGUAAGCUUGAGGAUGAUCAAGUUUUCGAGAAUUUGAAUGCUGUUGUUAAUUUUACGAGAGGGGUUUUUACAGGAGGAUACUUAGGAAAUGCUAGUGUGGAAACAAUUAAUGGAAGUAGUCUUUAUUCUGUGUCAUUGAAACAGUUGAAUGAAUGGACUGUACGUCAAUUUAACAAAACUUUACAAUUAGAUUGGGUGGAAUUCUUUCAACAUAUAUUUUCACAAACAGGUACAGAUAUACACGAAGAAACUCAAGUUAUGACCUAUAAAGGUUUGGCGGAGCUUCUUUAUGGUAUUCUGAAUAUGGUAAGAACGACUGAAGAUCAUGUCAUAAAAAGUUUCGUAAUGAUGAGGAUUUUCACACAUUUAGCUCCAGAUAGUGAUGGGGAAUCAAGACGGUUCAUCGAAGAGUACUUUACUAGUACGAAAGUUGAUGUUUUACCCAGGUGGGAAUAUUGUACUAGGAAAUUAAUAGAUUCCUCUGACACAGCUAGUAUAAGCUUCGCCACUGCUUACGAGUACCAGUUGCGCCAUUACAACGUCAACGAUUACAAAAAAGCUUUUAAAUUAAUACAAGAUCUACAAGAUUCUUAUAAAGAAAUAAUAGAAAACACCACUUGGAUGGACCAACAAUCUAAAGAAAAAGCUUUGGCGAAAUUUGAAAAUAUGAUAAUUAUACUGGGUCACCCGGAUAUUUCCUACGAUAAACGAAAAUUGGAUAGAUUUUAUGAUAACUUGAGAAUUUGCAAAUGGGAUCAUUACGGAAAUUUUAUACGUUUGAAAGCUUUCAAAAAUGCAUAUCAAAUUUCGCAAGUUGCCAAAAGAGAUAGAUCCUUUUGGGAAAAAUCACCGUUCGAAGCCAACGCUUAUUACAAUCCACCUAAUAAUAAAAUAAUUUUUCCACUUGGAAUGCUACAUUCUGUUUUUUUCGGAAAUAAAAAUAAUAUAGUAGACUACGCAAGAAUAGGUAGCAUUAUAGGCCACGAAAUGACCCACGGAUUUGACAGCACUGGUAUGGUAUAUAAUGCAGACGGAGUAGUAGAUCCAUGGUGGAGUACUGAAACCACGAACGCCUUCAAAAUAAAAGCGAACUGUUUCAUCGACCAGUACAAUAAGUUUUAUGAACCGGAAAUAGAACAAUACGUAAAUGGAAGUAAUACAAUAAAUGAAAAUAUAGCUGAUAACGGAGGAGCUCGCGAAGCUUAUAAAGCAAUGAAAAAUAUGUUAGAGAAGAAUAGAUCAGUUACUGAUACGGGCGUUUUUACUGCGGAACAACUAUUUUUCAUAGGGUUCGGAACGAUGUGGUGCAAUAAUCCAUCGCUCAGUUACCUCCAAAAAAUGCACAAUGAUAAACACGCCAGAUCGAAAUUUCGCGUUAAUGGUGUCGUUUCGAAUAUGGAGGAAUUUUCAAAAGCGUUCAAUUGUCCUACGGGUAGUCCUAUGAAUCCUUCAAAUAAAUGUAUACUUUGGUGAUAUCCUAGUAUGAAAAAUUUCUACGUAAAUGUAUCAAAUAUUUAAUAAAAUUGUGUAAUUUUUAUAAAUUGUGGUAUAAUUUAACAGAUUUAGAUAAAACAAUUUACGUCUUUCCUCGUUUAAAUUUAUUUGUUCUUAUAAUAAUACAAUAAUGUAAUUGUGUGAUAUAUACAUAACCUCUAUUUUCUAUAAUUAUAAUUUUUUCCACCAAGAAUGUACAAUUAUUGUUAGUUUAUUCAAUAAUAAAGCAAAAAAUGAAGAAAUAA